GCAGGCGCACCUAUGACCUCUCCCAAAGACCUUGGCUACUGAGCUGCGUGUUCAGCUUGGAAUCUGAUCAACCUUUCAUCAAAUACGUACGGCCUUCGGCACACAGAACUGGGACAGAACAGGAUUGUAAACUGACACGUACUGGUCGAUCAUUGCAACACGGAGCUGCUUGAUGGUUUAAACCAAGCGCAGUCCGAUGGCGAUGUCAUUUCUCACACUUCUGGGUUUCUUUCUGAAACUCGUGACAACUGUGGCACAGCGGGUACCACCCAUGCGACUCAGCAUCGAUCAACUCGACGUUCAACUCGUGAUGGGAAGCUCCCCCAACGAAGGGCGAGUGCUCAUUCGCUGGUCCCCGGAUUCUCCCUGGACCGCUGUUUGCCAUGAUUUCUUCUUGGUUAACAACGCAGUUCCCUUCCAGAUGUGCCGGCGAAUGGGAUAUCCGUUUGCUUGCGGACAAGACUAUGCUGGAUCCCGCCGGACGGACGAGGCGUCGCUGGUAAACAUCACUAGUGAACGUUUCCUGGUGUCCUGCGCGGCUGACAGCACUGAUCCGACUUUUGGUGGCUGCAGUUUGGAGCCUCUGCCUCCCAGCGGCGAUCCCACUUUAGGACCACCCUGCACACAUGACAACGACAUGUGGCUGUCUUGUGGAUAUUCAGGCAUGCCUGACUUCGAACUACGUUUGGUAGAGGAAAGUUACCUUGAUCCUGGCGGUCUCCUAGAAGGCCGUUGCAGCCCGCAAGACGAGUGGAGGGCCAUCUGCGGCAGUAGUUUCCAUCGCCUGAGACUAGGCCGCGUGGCGUGUCGGGAACUGGGGUUCUCCGAUUAUGCUGUCAGGGGCCUAAGGGUCCCUCUGGAAAGACUGGAUCCCCAACGCAGGCCGAACUUGGACCUGUUCGUGGACAUCGGCUGCAUCGGGAACGAAACAAGCCUCACCGAGUGCCAGCACUACUCGCUGCGGGAGUGCUCCAAGUACCUCACGAUCGAAUGUUUCACUGGGGUUACUGAAUAUGAAGAGACUUCGUAUCUUUGUGGCUCGAAGCAGCUGUGUCGAGAGCAGUGUGAACAGCCUCAUCCAAUCAAUGGCUCAAGUGAUGACAUUUUCCACUACUGUCAAUGUGACGACGUUUGCGGUCUUUUUGACGACUGCUGUUACGAUUACGGGGGUAUGUGCAGUCCGGGUCCGCCCGAACUCAACCGUGGAGGCUUUUCCAUUGAACAGUUUGGAUGCGUUUGGGUACCAGGGAGUCAGUUCACUCAUAUCGGUUACGUGGCUGUAGAUCGCUGUCAAGCUGGCUGGACGGAUGAGGGCACGCGUGAUUUAUGCGAAAGACCCGUGAAUAUCACGGAUGUCAUCGGAUCGCUGCCAGUGUAUGACGAGAAAGGUGUGGAUUUUAAGAACACCUACUGUGCCAUAUGCAACGGUAGGUCUUUGAAAACGCUCAAAAGAUGGGAUGUAUCCGCCACGUACGAUGAUCAGUAUCCAUCACUUGAUACUUUUUACCCAUCCCUGAACGAGACAUUACCGAGCUUAGGCUGGAUAAUGACGCCCCCAAGGGGCCAUGAUAUCAUACGGCAGUGCUCAGCCCAUCUGAUAGACACAUGCAUGGAAGAAUUUCGGGGAAGCCGGUUGGAAGCUGGGUGUAAGGCGUAUUACGCUCCUGUUAAAGUCGAAGACAAUUACAUUCGCUACAAAAACCCUCACUGCGCCAUGUGCAACGGAGAAAACAUUUUUCCAGAUAGCUCCUGCAUGGAUCAGACGUGUACCGAGUACUGUGCACCCGACCCCUGGGGACCAUGUGCUGGUAUAUGCAGUCCCUUUGACGGCUUCCUGACGAUUGAAGUUCUCUUUGACUUCUCCUCCUCGUCUUCCAUCAAUGGGAUGUCUUGCUCGACAGGACAGAUCUUCGACCCGUUUCUGGAGAGGUGCCGCGUACUAACGUGCGCAACUGGAUAUGAGAUCCACGGUAAUGAGUGCGUUCCAGCUCCGUCGAUCUCUCCAUUUCCAUCUAACAACGAGUCACUGGUCAUCGAUUGUCUUACAGAGGGAUCUAACCACAUGACCACGGUACUCCAUGUCGGGGCGAAGGUACAACAAAUGAUGUCGACUCUGUCUGUGAGUGUAUUAGUACGUUCAGCCUCUGACGUCCGCAACCUGGAGAUCAUAUUUGAUAGCUCUGUCAAAUCUGUCGUGAACGACUCUUCCCUACCCUGUAACAUAUCAGCUUUGUCGAUUUUCUUGCCAUUUCAUUUUAACGUGUCCAGCCUUUGCAACAAUUAUUCCGUGGCAGGGAGCGACGUUUUUCCUGACUACUCAGGGCGUAUUCUCGCAGCAGCGCGAUUCCUUCACAUUUCGAAUGCGCAGUAUGCGAAAGAAAGUGUGGCCCCGUCGUGCCUGAGGAUGACUGAACUGAAUUGCUCAUCUCUUCUGACUCUGAGAGACACAGAAUACUCUAUGGUUUCGGCAAAACGUAUCCACGUUUUUGCAACAGAAAAUAACCUGUCCGCUGAUGAGUUUGUUCUUUUACCAGAUGGCUCGGUCGUCGUUUGCUCCUAUAUUGGACCGGUACCAGAAGGCGUGGAGCUGCAGGUCCGCCGGGCACUUUCUUUUGUUGGCAGCUGCCUGUCGCUAAUCGCCCUUGCAGCUACUUUCGUGACGUACUGCGUGUUCCCAGACCUGAGGAAUCUAGCCGGCAUAGCAACGAUGAACCUCGUGGUGGCGCUCUUCUUAGCGAUCCUGCUAUUUCUAUUAUCCGGUUAUCUGAGCCAGAGCCAGGCUGCAUGCGAGUUUGGAGCUGUGGUGGCGCACUUUGCCUGGCUGGCUGCUUUCCUGUGGAUGACGAUGCUGGCGGUGAAAGUUGCCCGCACCCUGACGUCCAUGGUGCCGAGUAGCGGGCGCAGGAGGGUCAAUACCCGGGAACUCAUUGUCUAUAUCUGCCUUGCCUGGGGUGUUCCUUUCCUCAUCGUCUGCAUCUGCAUUAUCCUCCAGUACUGCAAUUGCCCCACCUUGCCUGUGAUCUACGCACAGGGCAGUAUUUGCUGGAUCUCAGACGCCACCACUCGGCUGGUUGCCUUCACUGUGCCUAUGACAUUAAGUCUUGUCUUCAACCUUUGUUUGUACGUCUGCACGAUCAUCAGUGUCAGGAGAAACAGACGUAGUUCUAGAGCAGUACGCAAGCACAGCAAGCUAGACGAUGCCAAGGAGGAGCUGGUCAUUUAUGCCAGGCUAUGCGCUCUUGUGGGCGUGACCUGGGUGUUUGGCUUCGUGUCUCAGUCAGUGACGGGCAUCCUGGCCUUCUCCUACAUCUAUAUCAUCCUCAACUAUCUCCAAGGAGUCUUUAUCUUCGCCGCUUUCUGCCUGAACAAGAAGGUUCGGAACCUGUGGAGGGAGAAGUUCGGCAUGCAGAAGGAAGUCACGACGACAGGUGGGACCACUGAUCCUAAGCAUCGUUCAAGAGAAUCUGCACUGGUGGCGUCAACGCUGCCGGACACCUCGGAAGAUUCAAAGCUGUAGCCUGUUCAAUAAACGAUGGUGAAUUGAUUUCGGUCAGGACUGGACUGCGUGGAGAGGAAAUGUUGACAUCCUUUCUCCACUCUGUAAAACAUCAGCAUCUGUUGGCGAAGGCUCCUGUGUUGUUACAUACUGUAAGCCCAAUAAAAGCUGGCGAGUUUUAGAGUCUGAUCAGUGAAUGAAAGUUGGAAUUUGAAUCGUUUAUUUUUAACCAAAAGUUAAACUGAUUCUGUUCUGAUUCAGGUAUUUUUCAGUAUUUGUUGUCAUGUUUAGAUUUUAGCAAUUUAUGUUCAAGAAGGGGAUUUAUUUCAUUGUGAAAUAUGUGCCUGAAAAUAAAAGGACGUUUAACUACAUGUAAUUUAAAAUACGUAUACUGCGUUUCGUAUGUUCAGCAUCAGUGCAUUUGUCUUGAGUCAUGAAACGGAAUUUCAACUUCUUCUUUCCAAACAUUAUAGAAUAAACUUUCGCAUCAAGGUCUGCAAGACUUCGAUUGUGGUAAACGAAGAAUAUGCGACGAACAGGUGAAUGCAUCAGCUAGGCGAAGCUGUCUUGUAAGCAUUGUGGUUUAAGGGCUUUGAAAACUUCCGCAACUCCAUCCACAUUUAAAUUAGACUUAUACUUGAGAAAGGACGAUUGCAAAGGGUAUAAAAAUGAGUUCUAUUCAACGUCCAAAAAGAUUGAGCCUUGACAUCAUUAAUUCUAUUGGAAAAUAUAAUGCCAAGAUCCUACCUAAUAAAAGGCAAAUGUCAUUCAUUGGUUCGGUCUGCAUUAGCAAUUAAUUAAAUCGAUAAGAAUUGUAGAGAGAGACUCAACAGUAAAACAAAUCCAGCUGUGAAGGAAGAACAGGAGUGACGUUAAGUUCCAAAGAGCUGCAAUGGAAAAAUUAUAUGGGCGUAUACUAGUUGAUUAUGUCUUCCCUGCAGACACCUUGAUACUUUACAGUUUUGACGUUGUUGCAUACAGGGGCGAAACAUCUUUCCAAAAUUUCUUUGAUGUUGACUUCCACAAUUACAUUGUUAUCAAUUGAGGCAACCGAUUUGAUGAGCAUAUCAGAUUAACGUGACGAGGGACAUAUUCGUUAGGGCACAAGUAAAUAACCAGCGAUUAUUCCCUCCCCCCAUUUAGUCAAUUCAGUUGCUUGGGUUUGCACGACUCAGUACUUGUUACUGGUUACCGAUAAUUGCGCGAUUUUAUUUAAAUAACUGAAUUAUUCCCUCGUUGUGUGGCGAUGUAUUUAUUUGAUGGCGCAAACUGAGCUUUAUGGCAUUCAGACUUCAUACGUGUUUGUGGACACAGGCACGAAAAAUGCAUCACCCGAGGCUCGCAUAGCUCUGUUUUGAUUUCUUCGAAUACCAUCGUGUGUUAGUCAGUCCAAUGCCACCAAGCUUUACCCACUCGGGCUGUUUGUUUGGUCGGGUUCAUGGGCCGGGGCUGAGGCCACAGUACUUGCUACCAAGAUGGCUCUUCGGGAUGUUAACACUAAUCCAGUUGUAUUGCCAGAUUACGAAUUGGUUCUUGUUAUCAGGGGUACGGAGGUAAGCGCUAAAUGAUUACACUACGGGUAACGUUUCAUAUUCUCCGAGCGUCAUGCAGUACCAUUGGGUCUUCAGAUUUCAUUCACAGAAUAAAGUAUUAGCUUUUCUUAACUAGCGACAUGGCUUGGUCGAAGAAUAUUUCGCCAUUGACUGUUUGCUUUAAAGCACCCUGUUGGUUACUUCAAGGGUCUGUGUUUAUAAUGUCUUGAUUCUCCUGGGCGCCCCGGUGUUGUUGGUUGUGGAUGAGUAAAGUACCCAUUAUGCCUCGUUACCUUACUUGAUCUGACUGACCAUUACCAUCACACUUCGUCAUCUUUGUUCCUUAAGUUAUCUUUUUUUGACGUUUUAUUCCUCAAGUAUUAUUCGGAAAUACUUACCUGAGACCGUGUUAGUAUAUGCAUGUAUGCUGCAAUAGUAUAUGGGCGCUUUAUUUUGUUGUAAAAAGUGAAUCGUUUCAUUACAAAAAUAAUUGAACUUUAGGAUUUGCGGGACCGAAUAGAGAAUGGUCCAUUUUCCGAAAGAACC